GCGGGAAGGAGGGGCUGCGGCAAGGCAGGCGGUGCGGAGGCGCCUGUGCACUUCGGCCGGGGAGGCGAAUGAGAGCGGCGGCGCAGCGACUCAUGAAGGUGUUUGUGACGCGAAGGAUCCCCCCGGAGGGGCUGGCGGUCUUGAGCCAGGGCGGCGUCUGCAGUGUCCAGCAAUGGGAUUCAGAGGAACCAAUCCCACAGUCAGAGCUGCUAGCGGGGGUAGCUGGCAAGGAUGGGCUCCUCUGUCUCUUGUCUGACCGGAUCGACAAGGAAGUCCUGGAGGCAGCAGGACCAACCCUUAAAGUAAUCAGUACAUUGUCUGUGGGAUAUGACCAUCUUGCCAUUGCUGAAAUAAAAAAACGGGGGAUCCGUGUGGGGUACACACCAGACAUUCUGACAGAUGCCACCGCUGAGCUCACUGUAGCUUUGCUCCUAGCAACAUCUCGUAGGCUGCCUGAAUCGGUGGAGCAUGUGAAGAACGGUGGCUGGACCACAUGGAAGCCUCUCUGGAUGUGUGGCUAUGGGCUUUCUGGCAGCACUGUUGGGAUUAUAGGGCUAGGAAGAAUAGGACAGGCUGUAGCAAAUCGUCUGAAACCAUUUGGAGUCAAGAAGUUUUUGUGUGCAGGACGUCACCCCAAAUCAGAAGCUGCUGUGGAACUGAAAGCUGAGUUUGUGCCACUUACCAGGCUAGCAGAAGAAUCUGACUUUGUCAUCGUGACUUGUUCCCUGACACCCGACACCCAAGGGAUGUGUAAUCGGGACUUCUUUUCCAAGAUGAAGAAAACAUCUGUAUUCAUCAACACAAGCAGGGGUGCUGUAGUCAAUCAAGAUGACCUCUAUGAAGCUUUAGUGAAUGGCUGCAUUGCAGCUGCUGGUCUCGAUGUUACAACCCCAGAACCUCUGCCCGCUGAUAAUCCACUUCUUUCCCUCAAGAACUGUGUAAUUUUGCCUCAUAUUGGAAGCGCCACCUAUGCAACAAGGAAUACCAUGUCAGUGUUGGCUGCCAACAAUCUUCUGGCUGGAUUGAAAGGAGAAAGCAUGCCAAGUGAACUCAAACUGUGAGAAGCAAGACUGGAACAGUUUUGAUGGUGUGUAUGCAAACUAGUAUAAACUGUCUUAAACCUUGGUGGAUUUUUUACUUUUUGCUCCCAAUGGAUAUUAAUUGGUGCAAAUUGUCUUUCAAAUAAAAGACUAACAGCU